AUGUUGUCAUCCGCCCCACUGAUUGGCGCUCCCCACGCGGGCAGCGGAAGGUUUACCGAACCGGCUGUCCUCCGUUUCAUUCCUAUUUCUGCAUUUCCAAGAUCGUCGGCGGUAAUCUCGGAAUUACCCCGGGACUACCUAUACAAGGCAACCCGGGUGUUGUGGGAGGUGUGCAUGGGCAGAAGGUAUGGCGAUUUGAAUGGGAUCGCGGGGUUGGAUUCCGAGGUGUGUCUGACUGUAGGGCUUGUAGGGCUUGUAGCUAUAUCUGUUAAUACGGAUGUUUUGACUAUUGGCGCUGGACCGUCGGGGAUUGCUUUUGCGGUGCAGCUGCAGAAACAGUUUCCCGGUGCUAGGUAUGAGAUCCUUGAAAGGACGGAUAAUCUGGGUGGGCUGUGGUGGGUGAAUACGUACCCCGGGUGCGGAUGUGAUGUAGCGUCGCAUUUCUACUCGUUCUCUUUUGCGCUGAACCCGAACUGGAGCCGCAAGUUUGCGUCGCAGCAGGAGAUCGCGGCGUAUUUGCACGAUGUUGUGGAGCAGAAUGAUGUUCCGAGUCAUGUGCGGUGUUUGGCCACUGUGCAGAGCGCGGCUUUUGACGAGACCUCGGGGACUUGGGUUGCUACUAUGCUUGAUAGUGUUAGUGGGGAGGUGUCCCAGCGGCGUUCGAAGAUCUUGAUCUCGGCCGUUGGGGCACAGAGGGAGUGUGAGAUUCAAGGAGCGGAGAUAUUCAAGGGCAAAUUGUUCCAUUCUGCGCAGUGGGAUCAUUCGUUCGACUGGGCUGGGAAGGACGUCGUGUACCGGCUCUACCUGUACGCCAUGAUGGAGAAGGAUUUCCUCGGCUUCUACCAGGAGACCGGGAGUUCUAUCCGCGAGGAUCUGAAACGGGCCCAGAUCGAGUAUAUGAAAAAGAAUGCGGCGGAGCGGUACCAUGAUGGCCUGCUCCCGCGGAUGGAGACUGGCUGUAAGGGCAAGGUCAUGGAGACGAAUUACCUGGCGUGUCUGCGUCGUGAGAACGUUGAGCUUGUGCACUCUGAUCCGAUCGAGGAGGUGACUGAGACUGGGGUACGGACCCGGUCUGGGGCCGAGGUGCAUGCGGAUGCCAUCAUUCUGGCCAAUGGGUUUCAGACGCAGCAGGUGCUGUUUCCGAGGGAGAUCACUGCGGCGAAAGUUCUCGUCCGGCUCAGCACAGGCUUAUUACGGAACCUGCGUCUCCGAGUUCCCCAUCCUCUUCAUCCUCAUGGGUCCCAGUACUACCACGGGUCACCUGUCGGUUCUUUUCUCGACCGAGUGCGAAAUCAAUUUCACGCUGCGAAUUCUGCGUCCAAUCCUGAGUGCACUCUAUCCGCCCGUGAUCUGAUCGGCACUCACCUAUCCAUUCGGGCGUCUUCGAUCCCCAGCACCGGACACUGUCGCCGUGACACACGCUGCAGAGCAGACAUACAACAAUUGGAUCCAGGGAGUAUUUUCGAGCCUCCGAAGAGAGAGUUUGUGUUUGGGAGGAGUCCGGUGCAGGUACCUGCAAAGGAUACAAAGAAAGAUGACCCGAGUGGGCAACUGGAUCCCGCGUGUUCGGUCUUCGCCGUGGUGGGUGUGGCCGUUGUGGUUGGUCUGAUGGUGCAUGGGUCGAUGGAUAUGAGUGCCGUUGAGAUUGCCAAAGGGCUCCGGGACGCGGUGACUCGUGUACAAAGCGAGUGUGUGACCGGUCUCCGCAGUCGCCCUAUUCUGGCUGGCUGGAAGGGGAGUGUAAAAUGA